CCCGCCCCCUCCCACGACGCGCGCACGCGAUGGAGGCGGCGGCGUACAAGCGGCUGUACCCGCACGAGUACUACCGCAAGUUCCUCGCGGAGGAGACGCGCCCGGACGGCCGCCCGCUCGCGCGCGCGCGCGACGUCUCCGUCGCGAACGGCGUCGUGACGUCCGCGGACGGCAGCGCGCUCGUGAAGAUCGGACGCACGACCGCGCUCGCCGCGGCGAAGCUCGAGCCGGCGCCGCCGGAGCCGACCGCGCCGGACGUCGGCGUCGUCGAGGUCACCGUGGAGCUGCCGCCGAUGUGCGCGGCGAGCGCGCGGCCGGGGCGGCCGACGGAGGAGUCGCAGCGAUGCGCGCGACGAAUCGAAGACGUCCUGCGCGACGCGAACGUCGUGGACCUUCGCAAGCUGUGCAUCAAGCGCGGCGUCUACGCGUGGCGGGUCUGCGUCGACGUGUACGUGCUCGAUCACGACGGCGGCAUCUUAGACGCCGCCCUGUGCGCGGUCGUCGGCGCGCUGAAAGACGCGAAGGUGCCGCGCGUGGACGUGGACGACCGAGGGAAGCUCGUCUGGGGCGGCGGCGAGCGCGAACGCCGACCCGGCGACGCCGACGCCGACGCGGACGCGAACGGCGACGGCGACGCGUCGACGAGCGCGGCGGCGUGCGUCGUGGACGUCGCGUCGCACCCGCUGUCGCUGACGAUCGGGCAGUACGACGGGAAGCUCGUCGUGGACCCGAACUUCGAGGAGGAGGCGCUGAUGGAGUCGGUCGUGAGCGUCGUGAUGCGAGAAGACGGAGACCUCGUGUGCGUGUCCAAGCCCGGGGGGACGCGAGAGGCGAGCGAGAGCACGCUGAUCAAGUGCAUCGCCGCCGCGCGGUUGCGGUACCCGGGGUGUAAGAAAGCGUUCGACGACGCCUUCGACGCGGUGGAGGUAUCGUAGAGGUAGUCGAGACGAGCGAACGUCGCGCCAAACGUAGCAGCGGUCGCAGCCGCAACCCUAAAAACUAUCAGACGUCUCAUC